UGUCAAUCAAUCAGUCCGGCAUAACAUGCCCGCCCAGCGUCCCCUGGAUGAGAGGACGGGUGUAUCGAUAGAAAAAGAGAAGAACAGGGAAAUGAAGUUGUCCGACGAGCUAGCAUAGUAACUCUUUCUGCUAAACCAGGCAGCUUACUGAAGCGUCAAGUGUAAAAAAAAAAAAAGCCCAACUACAAAUAAAACGGGAUAUAAUCGCUAUGGUUACCAUUAGUUAGUUAAUGUCGGACCGGUCUCCGAUAACGUUACAUACUUUUUACAGUAACGUUACGCUGAAUCAAGAAAGUGGAGAAAAACUUGCUACUCUGCUAACUAACCUCGAACAACUACCAAGGCUUCGUUCACUUCCGAGCUGGUCUCUAUUCGUGCUUUGAUCGAUCCCAGUCAUGCCUUUUCCCUUCGGAAAGUCUCAGAAGAGCCCCGCUGAAAUAGUGAGGACGUUGAAGGAGAAUGUCGCCGCCCUGGAAAAACUGGAUGCUGGGGACGGCAAAAAGAGCGAAAAGAUUGCAGAGGAAGCUUCCAAGAACCUGGCUUCCCUGAAGGAGGUGUUAUGUGGAACCGGCGACAAGGAACCCCAAACCGAAGCCGUGGCUCAGCUGGCACAGGAGCUGUACAACACCAACCUGCUGAUCGCUCUCAUAGCAAACCUCCAGAAGAUCGACUUUGAGGGAAAGAAGGAUGUGGUUCAGUUGUUCAGCAACAUCGUGAGGCGCCAGAUCGGCACUCGCACACCCACAGUUGAAUACAUCUCCACGCACCCAGAGAUCCUCUUCAUGCUUCUGAAAGGAUACGAGAACGCGGAGGUGGCUCUGAACUGCGGCAUGAUGCUGAGAGAGUGCCUGCGCCACGAGCCUCUGGCCAGGACGGUGCUCUACUCCGAGGACUUCUUCUGCUUCUUCCGUUACGUGGAGCUCUCGACCUUUGACAUCGCCUCGGAUGCCUUCGCCUCGUUUAAGGAUCUUCUCACAAGACACAAGAUUAUGUGUGCAGAUUUCCUGGAGAAGAAUUACGACCGAGUGUUUACAGAUUACGAAAAGCUUCUGCACUCUGACAACUACGUCACCAAGCGGCAGUCUCUGAAGCUUCUCGGAGAACUUCUCCUGGACAGACACAACUUCACUGUUAUGACCAAGUACAUCAGCCGGUCGGAGAACCUGAAGCUGAUGAUGAACAUGCUGAGAGACAACAGCCGAAACAUCCAGUUUGAAGCCUUUCACGUCUUCAAGGUUUUUGUCGCCAACCCCAACAAGACUCAGCCCGUGCUGGACAUCCUGCUCAAGAACCAGACCAAGCUGGUGGACUUCCUGAGCCACUUCCAGACGGACAGAUCCGAGGACGAGCAGUUCUGCGACGAGAAAAACUACCUGAUCAAGCAGAUCCGGGAUCUAAAGCGACCCACCGCCCCCGAGGAGCCUUAAAAUAACAUUCCCCCAUGGGUCAAAGUGAGUCCAAGAACACGCAUUAAGUUUUGAAAUAAAGUAUAAGAUAUAGGGAAACAUGUUAAGGUUAGUCUCUUGACUCUCUGGUUUGAUGCAGAGGUGAUUCAACCAUCAACCCAAUGGGCCAAGAUCUUGUUAUUUAAUCCUCCGAGCUUCUUAUUUCAUACAAGUGAGAUUCCUUUCCUCCGUUCUCGGACCUUAAACUGUUACUUUUCCACCCGUUUUGAUGCUGGUGGAAACCCACUUCCAUUAAAAACAGCCUCUGACAUGAAAGCCGUCUCCAUAUUGUAGAGAUUGAAAUGCUGUUGAGAGUUAAAUAUAUUAUUUUUCUAUUAUAUUUUCCUGGUAAACUGCUUUACCUUACCUGAAUGCUUAGUUUGCUCUAUUAUUUGCCUUUUGUUGUUUGUUUUUUGUGGGCGGGGACUUGAGCGGCCUUCCUUCGUGCCGCUUAAAUGACUGAAACGGCGAGGGAGAGAAUCGAUUCGUGAGCAGCCGGUCGAUUGAUCUGACUGGACGAGCAUCACUGAGCAUCAGGGUUACAUAACGAACAGUAGAGCGGCGACGCUCUCAAAAACAUUUGUUACACGCCCACUAACCUUUUGACUCGGAAAGCAGACCUUAAAGCGGAAGUGAGCUCGAUCGUUGUGCUGGUUGUGAUGCGUUCGGGUGCCUCGGCUGAAGCGCUUCCCCUCUGCUUUCGUCACCCAAACAAACGCCUAAAAAAGUGGGCGUUUAAAUGUACAGUCUUUAAGGGUAUACCUCAUGGAGUUUGCAAAAGCCGUGUCCUCUUUUUCAUACCUGCUCUCUCGUGCGGAACAUUUUAUUAGUUGUUUUUAAAACUGCAGGACACGGGCGGCUUCUGUGCAGACUCAAAUGUGACACGUUUGGACUUGAACAGGAAGUGCAGCCUCUUUUUUUUUUUUUUUUUUUUUUAACAAAAUAAAGCCAAUGCUUUUUUUUUAGGUUAAAUGUGCUAUGAAUUCAAGUGUAGCAGGUUGUAAUAAUGGUAAUUUAUUUAAAGCGAUUUAACGGAUAAUCAUAAUUUGUUAUUAAACCAAAGUCGAAAUGAAAAUAAGUGGUUUAUCGGUUUUAUUUUUUUAAUUGACUGACUUUUAGACUGUGACAUGUUUUCAAUACAUGGGUCAGAAUCAGUCUUUCAUCAUGCCAUCAGUUAGUUAAAUGUAUUUGAUAAAAUAAUAGCAAAUUUGUGACCUGAUUUCACAAUUUUAUGUUUCGUUAAAUGUUAUAAUAAACAUUCCUAACAAACUGCGAAUGGUAAGUGGGUUUAGUCAAAAGCCUUUGACAGAUGUGAGAUUAAAAAAAAACUUUGGUUUUAAAUCUUAUUUUUAUUUUUUUUAAAUUGCAUUUGGGAUGUAAAUAUCUGUACUAAUGUGGAAUUUGAGGUCAGUCCUGACAUGCACUUUGGUGACGACACGUUGUUCACAGUCGACCCACCAGGGGGCGCUGUUGUCAGCAAAUGGCACCUUGAAUUAGUUGCACAAGAAACUGCUUUCUUGAAGCCUUAACUCUUAAGGAGAACAUGAAUCCCACACGUUAUUAUACAGACACAAGGAUUGGUUGACGUCAUUAUACUUCACAGUUAUUCAAGUUUUCAGUAUUUUAGUUUUACUUCUUUAUUUUUCUACUUUGCUGCCCCCCCCCCGCCCCCUCCCCCGCCUUUAUUCUUUUCACACUGGAUGUUUUAUUGACCAUAGGAGCGAUUUAAAGUGUACAUAGCUUUAAAUAAAAAAAAGGAUAAUUAAAGUGUGAAAGAAUUCUUGGAAAUAAAAUGUUAUUGCAACUA